CCAAAAAAAAAAAAAAAAAAAGAAAAAAAAAAAAAAAAAACUUUACUCUUUCUCUUUCUUUCCUCCUUUCCUCCACCACUGAAACCGCAUUUAUGUCACACUCUUUUCCUAACCUUCUUCUAAUUUUCCUCUGCUGCUCUGCUCUGCAUUUCGUUUUCGCUUUUUAAGGCCGACCACCUAUAUUCUCUCUCUCUGGUCUUCUUUGGUCUUUUCGGCGAUCUCCGCACUGUUUCCUUGAUUUCAGAUUUUGAGUUCACCUGCUCAUGGGCUGUGGGCAAGUUUUGGCAUGAGUUUUUGGUUUGAAAGCUCUUUCCUUUUUCAAUCGACUCACAACUUUUAAAAGAGAAUGGACUUGAAGCUGAAGGGUGGUUGUGAUUCUUUUGUUAGUUGUUCAUGGUUUUGGUGAAGCAAGCGGGUAAUUGGCCUGUCUUGGCUUGUGGCUGGCGCUUAUUUGGAUCUCCAUGCUUGGUUUUUGGAUAAGUAGAGGCGGCCGUACUUGAGAAAUUGAUCUUGGUUGGUGGGUGUUUAAAUUUCUAAUUUUUAGGUGAACUCAGACAGACGGAAGAAGCUUGAUCUCUUGGUUUGUUGAAAAAAAAAAAAAAAAGUUUCUGUUAUUGUAUGUAUCUGGUGGAAUUGGGAAUCUGGGAUAGAUAGAUGGAGGCUCAAUUUGGAGGCAAGGCUCACCAUCUUUGUGCCCCAGUGCCAGUGGUGUCGGAUUUGAAGGCCAUUGGGAAGAAGAGUUUGGAAUGGGAUUUGAAUGAUUGGAGUUGGGAUGGCGAUCUUUUUAGAGCUAGUCCUUUGAAUUCUAUUCCAUCAGACUGUAGGAGUAGGCAGUUGUUCCCUGUUGGGCCGGAAACUCCAGCAGCAGCCCCAGCUUGUGCUGGUUUGCCCAAUAGUUCUUCUUUUUCUGGUCCGGAAACAGACGAUAUUGAGCCGGGAAUUGAGAAAGGAAAACGGGAAUUGGAGAAGCGGAGGAGGCCUGCGUUUGUUGAUGAUGCAGAAUUGAGUCUUGAAGAUGGUUCCCUCAACUUAAAGCUUGGUGGGGAAGCUUACCCCAUAUUGGAAGGAGAGCUAAAGAGUGGCAAGAAGACAAAGAUAGUUGGGACUGCUUCAAACCGUUCUGUCUGUCAGGUGGAGGAUUGUAGGGCUGAUCUCAGCAAUGCGAAGGAUUAUCACCGGAGGCACAAGGUCUGUGAUAUGCAUUCUAAAGCCAGUAAAGCACUGGUGGGAAAUGUUAUGCAGCGAUUUUGUCAACAGUGUAGCAGGUUUCAUGUUCUCAAAGAGUUUGAUGAGGGGAAAAGGAGUUGUCGUCGGCGUUUGGCUGGCCACAAUAGGAGGAGGAGAAAAACACUUCCUGAAACUGUUGUUAAUGGAAGCUCCUUGAAUGAUGAAAGGGGUAGCAGUUACCUAUUGAUAAGCUUGUUGCGGAUACUCUCCAAUAUGCACACAAACAGCUCUGAUCAAACAAAAGAUCAAGAUCUUCUAUCUCAUCUAUUGAGGAGUCUGGCCAAUUUUACUGGUACAGUUGAUGGAAGGAAUAUAUCUGCAUUGCUGCAGGGAUCGCAAGGUUUACUGAAUGCCGAGAAAUCAGUUGACACUUCUCAAAAGAGGGUAGAUAUGAUCUCAAAUGGCCCUGAGCCUAGUAGGCCUUCUGCUUCAGGCUCUAAGGUAGAUAAUUCUGUUAAUUUGGAGGACCAUCUGAGGUCUAUGAGACAAUGCCAAACAGUACCUGCAUCAGAUAUGGCACAGAGGAGAACCCCUUGUGAUGAUAAUGACGGUGGAAAUGUAAAAUCCAUUAUAGGUCCAGGGUCCACAUAUCCAUCAUACUUGAGGGAGGGAUUACCUACCCAAUCCAUCAUACCCGAGACAACUAAUGGGAGGAUGAAUUUCAAUAACAUUGACUUGAAUAGUGUAUAUGAUGAUUCACAGGAUUGUAUUGAGAACCUUGGGAAUUCUCACUUACCCUUAAAUUCAGGGACUAUGCCUCUUAAUAAACCUCUAUGGAUACAACAUGGCUCAAACAAGUCAAGUCCACCUCAUCCAAGUGGGAAUUCAGACUCUAUUUCUACUCAGUCACCAUCUAGUUCCAGUGGAGAGGCCCAGAGUCGCACUGACCGAAUUGUUUUUAAACUCUUUGGAAAGGACCCAAAUGAUCUUCCUUUUAUUUUGCGAAAACAGAUCCUAGACUGGUUAUCCCAUAGUCCUACUGAUAUUGAGAGCUAUAUAAGGCCAGGCUGUAUCAUUUUAACAAUAUACCUCCAUCUAGAAAAAUCUGCGUGGGAGGAGUUAUGUUGCAAUCUGGGAUCCAGUUUGAAAAGGCUAUUAGAAGCAUCAAAUGAUCCCUUCUGGAGAACAGGAUGGGCAUAUGCUAGGUUGCAGCAUUUUGUGGCAUUUAUGUAUAAUGGUCAUGUUGUCUUAGACACACCCUUACCUCUGAAAAGCCAUAAAAACUGUAGGGUAUCAAGCAUUAAACCAAUUGCAGUUUCAACAUCCAAGAGAGCUCAGUUUAUAGUGAAAGGCUUUAACUUGUCUCGUUCCACCACAAGGUUGCUAUGUGCACUGGAAGGGAAGUAUCUGGUGCAGGGAUCUUGUCAUGAGUUGAUGGAUAGUACUGAUACAGCCAAUGAGUGUGAUGAGAUCGACUGCCUCAGGUUUUCCUGUAAUGUACCAAGUAUUAUUGGCCGAGGAUUUAUUGAGGUUGAAAAUCAUGGUCUUAGCAGCAGCUUCUUUCCAUUUAUAGUCGCAGAGCAAGAAGUAUGUUCUGAGAUCUGUAUGCUGGAAGGUGAAAUAGAUGACACAGAGACUACUGAUGAUGUCCGAAGAGAACCUGGUAACAUGGAAGCCAAGAAACAAGCCCUGGACUUUAUACAUGAAAUGGGUUGGUUGCUCCAUAGAAGUCGUGCCAAGUUAAGACUAGGUCACAUGGAUCCCAACCUGGAUCUAUUCCCAUUCAGACGGUUCAGGUGGCUCAUGGAAUUCUCCAUGGAACAUGAUUGGUGUUCUGUGGUGAAGAAACUCUUGGGCAUCCUGUUUGAGGGUACUGUUGAUGCUGGAGAGCAUCCUUCCAUUGAGGUUGCUGUAUUAGAUUUGGGACUUCUCCAUAAAGCUGUGCAGAGAAAUUGCAGACCCAUGGUGGAACUCUUGUUGAAAUUUGUCCCAGAUAAAGUUUUAGAUAACAUGGGACCCAAGGAGAGUGAACGGGUUGAGAGGGGCUUCAAGAGCUUCCUAUUUAAACCUAAUGUUGUUGGGCCCAUGGGGUUGACUCCUCUUCAUGAUGCAGCCAGCAGGGAUGGCUGUGAGGAUGUAUUGGAUGCUUUAACAAAUGAUCCUGGAAAGGUGGGAAUUGAAGCAUGGAAAAAUGCUAAGGAUAAUACAGGAUUGACACCAAAUGAUUAUGCGUGCUUACGGGGUUACUACUCCUACAUUCAUCUUGUCCAGAAGAAAAUCAGCGGGAGAUCAGAAAGUGGGCAUGUGGCAGUUGAUAUCCCUGGCACCAUCUUAGAUUGCAACAGCAAGCAGAAGCAGCUGGAUGGGCAUAGGUUGUCUAAAGUAGCGAGCUUGGAGACAGAGAGGUUUGACAUGAAAGCCACAAUAAAGGAGAAGUGCAGGGUUUGUGAAAGGAAGCUAGUGUAUGGAAGCAGGAGGUCGCUAGUAUACAGGCCAGCAAUGCUGUCAAUGGUGGCUAUUGCUGCUUUGUGUGUGUGCGUGGCUUUGCUCUUCAAAAGCUCACCAGAAGUUGUUUACGUGUUCCAGCCCUUCAGAUGGGAACGAUUGAAGUAUGGGUCUAGUUAAAGGCAGCAGUACACACCUUUUAAAAGGGAAGAAAAGAAAGAAAAAGAAAAGGAAAUAGUUGAGAGGUAGAGAAAGUUAUAAUAAUGUGUUGUAAUUUUCAUUUUCUAUGUUUUUCCCCUCGAAAGAAAAAAUGGGUUGGUUGUUUAUGGGAUUGGGAUUGGGAUAGAGGGUUUUGAGAAUUUGAAGGGGGAAACAAUGUAUGCAGUAAUGAUAGUUGAUAUUUUUAUCAAGUAUAUAAGGAAAUUUUUAACUGCAA